CCAUUUCUCCUUUUCCCUCCCCCAAACUCUCUCUCUCUCUCUCUCUCUCUCUCUCUCUCACCAAUGGGUUCUCUCCAAAUCAACCGAAGACUCCCUGUACUAGAAAUUAUAACUCUGUGGAUCGUAAUAACCUCAUGCUUUUUCGAAGGCGGGGAGUGCAAAAACCACCACCACCAUCGCCGUCACCACCACCACCACCAAAAUUGGGCCGGGGGAAAUGGGCGGGGCCAUGAAGAAGAGGCCGUAUACGGGCCGGUGGGUAGUAGGGCCCACACGGCAGUGUUAACGGACUUCGGGGCCGUCGGUGACGGUGUGACGUCGAACACCGCGGCGUUCACUGCGGCGGUGGCCCAUUUGGCCCAGUACGAAUUGGACGGCGGCGCGGCGCUGGUCGUGCCGCCGGGGCGGUGGCUCACCGGCCCAUUCAAUCUUACUAGUCACUUCACCCUCUUCCUCGAACGCGGUGCAAUUAUACUCGCUUCUCAGAACAUUAGUGAAUGGCCUACAAUUGAUCCUUUGCCCUCUUAUGGAAGAGGAAGGGACUUACCUGGGCCAAGAUACUCCAACUUCAUCACUGGAUACAAUCUCACUGAUGUGAUCAUCACAGGGAAUAAUGGAACCAUUGAUGGACAGGGUAAAAUUUGGUGGGAUAAGUUCCACAAUGAUGAAUUGAAUUACACAAGAGGGUACCUUGUUGAGAUCAUUUACUCGGAUCACGUCGUCAUUUCCAACGUUACGUUCGUCAACUCUCCGUCGUGGAACAUCCAUCCGGUAUACAGCAGCAAUGUAAUAGUGUCAGGUAUCACCAUUCUCGCGCCGAUAGAUUCGCCAAACACUGAUGGGAUUAAUCCUGACUCUUCCUCCGACGUCCACAUCGAGGACUCAUUCAUCGUGUCUGGCGACGACUGUGUCGCCAUAAAGAGUGGCUGGGACGAGUAUGGGAUUGCCUUUAACAGGUCGAGCGAGCGCAUCAUCAUCCAACGGCUGACUUGCAUCUCACCCACCAGCGCCGUCAUUGCCAUCGGGAGCGAGAUGUCUGGCGGAGUCCGUGACGUUAUCGCGGAGGACAUCACGGCCAUCAACUCAGAAUCUGGUGUCAGGAUCAAGACAGGCGUCGGGCGGGGAGGGUUCGUGAAGGACAUCUUUGUGCGGCGGAUGAGCCUCCAUACCAUGAAGUGGGUCUUCUGGAUGACUGGAAACUACGGACAGCACCCCGACGAGCACUACGACCCGAACGCACUCCCCGAAAUCAGCGGGAUCAACUAUCUCGAUGUGUACGCAGAGAAUGUGACAAUGGCGGCACGGCUGGAGGGGAUCAAAGGUGACCCAUUCACCGGCAUUUGCAUCUCGAAUGUCACGGCGGAGGUGAUAGACCCCAAGAAGCUGCAGUGGAACUGCACCAACAUUAGCGGGAAGUCGAUCCAUGUGAGCCCGACUCCUUGCGCCCUGCUUCCCGAUCAAGGGUCCAACGCCACGCAGUGUCCUUUCCCCGGCGAUAAAUUUACAGAUUCAGUCAAGAACAAAUAUUAUUCGACCAGGAGAAUUUAACUUGUGAGUAUAUGCUGAUAUUGCUUUACUCUUCAAGCACUUCAUCAUAGCAGAGGUUUUCUUGUUUCCGGCUAAUCCUGAUUUCGGGCCUGGGGGGUGAGCAAACGAAAAUUGUUCUAACUUUAUUGGCACAGAAAUAAGAAUUGCAAAGAGCCAUCUGCAUUUCUGGUGAUCAAAUUAUAAGUCGCAUUCGAUUUCAAGCUCUAAUUAUUCAUUAAAGAUUCAGCUGUUUUCUGAAUAUUGCUCAAUAAAUUGCAGUACCAAAUUUGCUCA